AUGGCGAAGUCGCAGGAGGUGCGCAGCGUCGACUCCUUCUCGCAGCUGCCGUUCAUCCGGCCGGCCCCGGCGCCGGCGCAGCCGAGGGACGCCACCAUCCGGCUGUUCGGCUGCGACUUCUCCAACGACCAGCAGCGGCAGGCGCGGCAGGCGCAGCAGGCCAAGCAGCAGGACGCCGUGGCCGACUCCCCCGACGCCGCCAACGGCAGCACGGUCACGUCCGAGAGCAACGGCGGCGCCAAGAGCGGCGGCGCGGCUGCGGCGGCCGCGGCCGCCGAGAGGAAGUUCGAGUGCCACUACUGCUGCCGUAACUUCCCGACGUCGCAGGCGCUGGGCGGGCACCAGAACGCGCACAAGCGCGAGCGGCAGCACGCCAAGCGGGCCCACCUCCAGGCCUCCCUCGCCAUGCACCGCUACGUGCCCGGCCACAUGUAUGGCCUCUUCAACUACCACCACCACCACCUCGGCGGCGGCCGCUUCGUCGACCACCCCGCGCCGCCGCCGCUGCCCCUGCCCCACCCCCGCCGGCGCACUACCCGAUGUGGACGAGCGCCAGCCCCGCGGGGCCCUACGGCGGCGGAGGACCAGGCUCUAUGUCGCAGCCAAUCAACGGGAGCCCGGUGCCGGCGGGGCUCUGGAGGGUGCCGCCCCCUGCGGCGACGACCACUACUGCGACCAUGGAGAAUUUCGGCAUGUCCGGCCGGCACGGCGCUGGUGGCACGGCUAUCCUGGUCGGGCCAGCUGGUGGGGAGGGGGCAGCAUGCAAGGACGAGAAGGCGGUGA